UCCCUCUCCCGUUUGUUGACUCUCUUCCUCUUUGAACUUUGAAGCUGGUUAUGACAAUGGCUAAGCAAAGUCUGAAAGAAUGGAAGGAACAGAGGGCAGCACAUGCUUGCGAUCUAUUUCCAAAGGAAUAUGAUUUCCUUAGGGUUUGUUCCUGCCUGGAGUGCCGACAGAAAAUAAAGAUGCUCAAGGAAUUUGAAGAAGAAAUGAAGUCUAGGAGAAUCCAAUUAAAGGAAUGUUUGUAUAGGCUGCAAGUCAUGCGUAUUCAUUGUGUGCAUCUUUCAACCGUCCUUGAGUGGACGAGAAAUACCUUUGAUUUGCUUCAUAAAGUUCUUGAGCGGAACUCUGGGCCUUGUUGACACAAGAAGAAAGUAAUUUGGCUGCUGACUUGAAAGCUAGAGAUUUGAAAAUAGUCAGAUUGCUAUUAAGCAAUUGCGUUCUUGAUAGUUUUCCCGAUGAAAUUGAUCAUCUUAAAUGUGAGAUUUCUGUUGCGGAUCAGAUUGAUCGUGGGCUAUAUUUUUACAAACGAACCAAAUUUUGGGAGGAUGCCUCUUCUCAUCUUAAAAGGAUGCAAGAUAUUGAAAGAGACAUGGUCAAGAAAUCUGUUGAAGAAGACCACAAACAGCUGGACCACUUAUUUUUCCAAAAGUGCAUAAAAGAGCAAAUUGAGAAGUGCAGCGUGAAGUUGAAGAAGUGGUGGCUAAGUUUUUCCCCAUCAUUGAGUGCAAGGACAAAGAGCGUGAGGACAUGGAUAGCAUUCUCGGAAAUCUAAUAAGUGAUAUCCAAGAUACAUGUCUUCAUAUGAUAAGAAUUCGGAAAAAGUUCUGGCAAAAAUGUCGGAAGGUAUGUUGUAUAAUAUAAUCAUUCCAAAUAUGUAUUGUCUAUAUCACUGGACCCAUUUAUGUCAAGUGUUUAUGACUUUUCAUUGCUAAAGGUCUGCAUGACUGUUCCAGAUAUAAUAAGCAAUUGGCUAAAAACGUACUAGAGAUUGGCUUUGACACCUACUCCGACUAGACUCCCUCUGUAUAAAAAUCUCAGCAGCAGAUCUAGGAGCAAAUAAUAACUAUACAUUUUCUUGGUCAACCCAUCCACAUAUACCACCCCUGGGCUGUUAGAAACCUCCAGAAUAUACACAAAUUGCAGAGAUUAUAUCAAGAAAAAUGGAAAAUCUUCAUUGAAGGAGUAGAACAGUAACAAUAACAAAGGCCGAAGCCUCCCAAAGAGAAGAGAAAGUGAUUCUCUAAUCUUUCCCAGUCCCAGACCAAAGUCCCAAAAAGCCUCCUCUAACCCCCCCUUACAUGUCUAUUUAUACCAGAAUACUACAUAAGCCCUUAUUACUAUUAUUAUUAUUAUUCUUUCUAUUAUUAAACUAAUAGGUAGGUCCCUAUCAAUACUCCCUCCCUAAACAUCCACCUUGCCCUCAAGGUGGGCGGUAGGAGACAACCAACAUCUUCUGCUUUUUUUUUCUUCCUUGCUCCUCUUCCUUCCCAGUACAUAACUGUUUGCUGGACCAGAAGCUUUGGUAUUUGUUCCUUCAUAAUCACUGCAAUUUCCCUUGUUGCAGAAGCUUCCAAGCAUUCACCAGUUGCAAUUGUUUCCUUGUUUUCUUCUUCAAGGAUUCUCACUUCUGAAGCUAUCAAUAUACUGGAUGCAUAUUUGAUGUAGUUCAAGUUACUCAACUCAUUGUCUGCAACAAGCCCUAUGCAAUUUUCUCCAUUUACAAUCCACUCUGUCAGGCAGUUAGUAUCAAUGAUAGAAUCAUUUGUAGUAGCAGGAUUUGUCUCAUACAACUUCAACGACCAACAUAAGUUGUGCACUACAUUGCUACCAUGCGAUGUCAGAUUCUCUAACUGCCAAGGACCCCAAUCUGGCCAGUUUUCUUCUUUCCAUUCACUUAUAAGAGAGCCAAAAACUCUUGCAGCCAUAGAACGAACUUCAGGGACAACAACAAACUCCUUUAUGUUAUAAACCUGUCCUUCAACAUUGUUGCCAAGAGCAAACUUAUCCUUUAUUAUCAUCCCAGGAUUGACCUCUGAAUGAGUGAAAAUUGAUCCUUCAAUUGCACUAGUUUGUGGCUCAUUAUUCACCAAUCGCAUUGCUAAGGCAUCCCAGAAUAAUUCAAAGCCUUCACCCACCAGAUUUUGGUCUUGACUUUGAGUAUAAGCAGCACGCUUCUCCCUCCAUGGAAUUGAUAAGUAUUCUGUUUCAGCACGAGCAAACACUCCUGUCCUUUUUGACUUAUCUGCGUUAGUGACUUCCUCCUCCAGCUCUUUCAAUUCUGACAACUUCAACUCAGUGUUUCUUGCCAAUGAUGAAGAGCCUUGUAAUCCUUUUUUUGAAUCGACUAAGUUUAUGGUUCCUGAAAUAGAUGACACUUGUGAACGACAUAGGAUUCCAACAACUGUACCUGCUUCAGUUCCUCCUGUUACAGAAUAUUGCCCAUUCUUUUCCUCUUCCGGUAAUUCCUUGAUUAUUAAUUCCGAGAACUUCAGUUGGGUUUUCUUUAUCGACUGGUGAUAAUCUUGUUGAGAAACGUUUAAAAAAAGCACUGGCGAACAUGAAUAUUCCUCUCUUGAUCGUGUUGCCCUGUUAUGUGAAUUCAUCGCGAUUGGGGAUGCCUGCGGAUUAAAAUCUGUUGUUGUUGUUCGCAGCUUGCUAGCGAUAAUUCCUGCGAACGGAAUGAAGAAGUUCGCGAUUGCGAGCUAAGAAAAACCUUUCGCGACUCUGUUUGCGAUCUUGGGAGUGGUGGUGACGAACUUACUUCGUAAUUUAUCGGAGAGAGACGAUAAGAGCGAUGCGACGAACCUUGUUUGUCAGGUAGCGGAAAAGACCUAGUUUUCCUCGAUCGUUCCCCAGAUUUUCUGCGAUGUCUCUGUUCUUCGGAUUCUUCUGAACUUGCUGACUUUCGCGUGUGAUGAUGAGAGUCGCGAUGUGAUGAUUGUGACGCAUGCGAUUGGUUCCGCGACCGACUUUGAAGUUUGUUUAUCAUGUCCGCGAAGCCAGCCUGCAUAGCGACCAUCAUCAUCUUCAUCUUUUCUUGCGACGCGACCAUACUCGCUUGUGUCUCCCUCAUAAUUCUGUCAAUAUUAUCAAAACUCUUUUCCAUUUGUGGUGUCAUGUAGAAAUCCUCCUCCAUGAUUCAGAUUCUUUGUCUCCAGGAUGUAACAGCUCUGAUACCAAUGUUAGAAACCUCCAGAAUACUGCUUUUGGGUUUACUGCUUGUUUGAUCUUUCACCUCGAGUUUUAGUUUUGUGUUCGAAAUUUCUCCGGUCAGGUUGAGUGAAUGAUUUGAGGGUUCUGGUUUGGUUUUGUUUUGCUUUGACCGGAGGACCACCUGUCUCCUCUCAGCCGGAAGGUUUUGCCCCUGUUCGGACCUGCGAUCUUCUUGAUAUCCAAACUGAUUACCACUGCGCUUGGCCUCCGGAGAGGGUAGGGAGUGACGAUUGUGGGAAGGAAUGGGGAAGAGGGAGUUUCUGGAACGACGUUAGGGGUCUCUUCUUUCUGGCGAGAAGUUUGGCUUUGGUCUGAGGUAUGAGAGGGUUGCUCUGUUCUUUUUUAACUCUCGGCUACUGUUGGCAUGCCUUCAAUCUGCCGAAGCAUCUACGCCGCCGGGGGUUGCCGGGACCCGGCGGGGAGGGGGUGGAUUUUGGGGUUUUCGUGCCGGCUUUUAGUUACUUUCCGGCUGGCUACUUUUACUCCUCCGCCGAUGCCGCUGGGUUGGCUGCCGGAGCCCGGUGGGGGUGGGUGGGGAUCGUCGUUUGGGAGGUGGCAAGUUCACCGUCUGAGAUUUGGGUUUCCGUUGGUCCGCCGCCGUUGUUUGGAUGCUGCUUCGCCGGAGAAGACGAGGAAAGUCCGACGUCAUGGCUGACGCAGCAACUGGCGUCCUCUGAUUGGCCAGCUGGUUUCUGACAAAGCCCUUGACCGUUCUGUCGAUUACUGUUGAAACACGUGGGAUUGUUUUUCUUUUUUUGAACCGAUGCGGCGCGGGUAUGCCAAGGCUGGAAGACUUCUCCAAACCCUAGGCCGUUGCUGGGUUGCGGACGAUAGUGGGCUGGGCUUCGCUGAUGCUGAAGUUAAUUUGUGGACCGCAUUUUUGCUGUUGAUUUUUACGCUGGGCUUGGGUUUUUCCGAACCCAGUUCAUGGGAUGGACUGUUUUGAUUGCCUUUGGACUGUUUUUUGCUGAUGGUUUUUGUUACUAAGCCGGGGAUCUGUCCCGUGCUAGUUGUUGGACUUAUUUUCUGCUACGUGCCGGGGCCUGUCCCGUGCCGUUUUGACUACAAAAUUUUCUCUCUUCCCCCCUUACCGCGAGGUGAGGGGGGGAUACGGUAGAUACUUUUUUAGGUUAGCCUGCUAGCUUAGAUAGUUUUGAUGCAUUGUACAUGCUACUUUUUUGGAUCUAUAUACUUACAUUUUAU